CAGGUCCAACACACCUCCAGCUCGCGGUAUACACACUGGACCUCUAUACAUGUCGUCAACGUUGAAAAAAUAUGAAAAUUUUCUCGUGAAAAACGUCUCUACCAUCUCUACCCUCGAAUCCUCGCUGAGGUCUGUAACAUGGUUUCUACCUGGACGGUUCAAAGACGCCGAUCUUGCUUCGGAGGGUCUGUCUGCGAUACUCCAUGUAUCCAGCAUGUAUCAUGAUACCCUUCUGGCCAGAGUUGUGCAGAGUGACCCUCAUUGGAAGCCUAUCCUUCCCACCCCCUUGCACACGCGCUAUACCCGCGCCUGGUCAGACAAGGUCACAUUAUACAAAUGGGCUGCUCGAUCUUUAGAGCUUAUUCGCUUUACUCAACUUCUUGUUGAAAUGUUACUUCGGAGGAAAGUCUCAGACAAGAACCGGUGGAGAGGUAUUGUGUUCCUCGAAACUGUGAAAAUGAUUCUACGGUUCACGUUACUCAAAGUCACGACAAGACCACUUUUGUCUCCUCCAAUUCCAGAACGCGACAUUGAUCCAGCAUCGAUGCCCCCUAGCUCUACGCACACUUCUCCGACGCUUGCACCCACUUCUCCAUCUCCGUCUUCCCCGCCUACUCCGGAUCACCUGAAGAAUAAUCACAUUCCCUUACAGCCAAAUGCUUUAAUGCUCACCCCCGCACCACCUGCCCGUGCUGACACAUCAGUGGAGGAUUAUCUCCUCCCUAAAGCUCUUACAACGUCAUCUGUCAAGCCCUCUAUGCUACUGAUGAAGCCUAUGUCAUCACCCUUGGAGUGGGUUUCCGAGUGCAUCUAUAUCAUUCGCCCCUUGGUUUAUGCGAGUAUGUUAAGCACCAAGAAACACGAGGGCAAGGCUCUCGUGACUGCCUUUGCGAUGGAACUUAUCUCUCGUAGUUUGAGGCGGAUGCCAUCACAUUCUGCAGAUCUAGAACGUGAAGAAUAUGCCCGCAGGGACAGGGAUAUUCUCUGGUACCUUCUGCGUGGCUCUGUAUGGGAGACGUAUUCGAGACCCAAGGUUGAGGCUGUUGUGGAGAAGACCGCUAAUACGCCAAUACUUGGAAUCCUCAGUUCUCUCGUGAAGGAUUGGAUACCUCUUGUCGAUGAAUAUUAUUAUUAUACUGCUCCUUAAAUGCUAGCGUGCUAUCGAUGUCAUGUACAAUGUUGUACCUAUGCACUUAAACAUUGCUGUAGUGUUGGUGUCUUGGCGUUUUGCCUUUACCUUUUCAGGAAACAAGCGAACUCUUGUCAGUAACCUUGCACGAACCUAUCGGUGUUGAUGCGACUAUACAGAGACAUAUAUUUGGAUUUCCCGCUGUCUCACUCUUCCCUCAGUCCGUUAUAUCCGACUGAGGGUGAGUUUUCUGUUUUCUUCGCGCCGUACCUAGAUCACUCAUAUAUGCACUUACUGAUAUCGGGGAUACUGAUAUCAGGUGUCUAUGUAGAUUU